CCAUGUCUGACAUCGAGGAGGAGUACGAGGACCAGGCAGAGGAAGAGGUGGAAGAGGAGGACGAGGAAGAAUAUGAGCAGCAGCAUGAGGAAGAGGAAGAGGAGCAACACGUCUAUGAGGAUGAAACAGAGGAGGAACGUCCCAAACCAAAACCACUGGUGCCUCAAAUCGCCCCGCCAAAGAUUCCCGAAGGAGAUCGAGUUGACUUUGAUGACAUCCACAGGAAGCGAAUGGAAAAAGACAUGCUGGAGCUGCACACGCUGAUCGAUGUCCACUUUGAACAAAGGAAGAAGGACGAGGAGGAGCUGAUUGGGCUCAAGGACCGAAUUGAACGUCGUCGGUCAGAGCGUGCAGAAAUCCAAAGAGUCCGAGCAGAGAGGGAGAAGGACAGACAGAACAAGAUCGCGGAGGAGCGUCAGCGCAAAGAGGAGGAGGAAGCCAAGAAAAAGGCCGACGAUGAAGCCAAGAAGAAGAAAGUGCUCUCCGGCAUGGGGGCCAACUUUGGAGGCUUCCUGGCCAAGACCGACUUGAGGAAGGGCAAGCGUAUGACCGGCCGAGAGGUCAAGAAGAAGACCCUGGCCGACCGCCGUCAGCCGCUCGCCAUCGACAGCAUGAGAGAGGACUCCCUCAGACAACGAGCCCAGGAGUUGUGGAACUGGAUCUACCAGCUGGAGUCUGAAAAAUUCGACUACAUGGAGCAUAUAAAGCACCAGAAAUACGAGAUUAUCGUGCUGCUCAACAGAAUCCAACACGCUCAGAAAUUCAAAAAGGGGCACGGCAAAGGGAAGGUGGGUGGCCGCUGGAAGUAGGAGUAAAGAACCGUCGAUCCGAACCAAAGUUUUCCCCAUCGUGGUAAGAAGUGCAAGAGCAGGAAUCUUCAAUCUGUACUAGCGCUGUGGCUUCUCUGUGCGUGAGACAGAUUGUUUUUGGGGGGCGGGGGGGGAUUUUUUUUCAUAAGGUUAUUGUAAUAAAACAUGCUCUCUGUGA